GGCAAGGAGGAGGAGGCGGGGGCCAGAGGGAGGAGGAGAAAGGCGGGGCAGGAGGCCCUGGUGGAGGGAAGAGACUCCAACUCUUGACUUUUCUCCCCCUGCUGCUCUCGGCUUCCAUCGCAGCCAUGUCACUGCUCCUGCUGGUGGUCUCAGCACUUCACAUCCUCAUCCUCAUCUUGCUGUUUGUGGCCACUUUGGACAAGUCCUGGUGGACACUCCCCGGGAAGGAAUCCCUAAAUCUUUGGUACGACUGCACUUGGAAUAAUGACACCAGAACCUGGGCCUGCAGUAACGUCAGUGAGAACGGCUGGCUGAAGGCUGUGCAGGUUCUCAUGGUGCUUUCUCUCAUCCUCUGCUGUCUGUCCUUCAUCCUCUUCAUGUUCCAACUCUACACCAUGCGACGAGGAGGGCUCUUCUACGCCACUGGCCUCUGCCAGCUUUGUACAAGUGUAGCUGUGUUUUCCGGAGCCCUGAUCUAUGUCAUUCAUGCCGAGGAGAUCCUGGCCAAGCACCCACGUGGAGGCAGCUUCGGGUACUGCUUCGUCCUGGCCUGGGUGGCCUUCCCCCUGGCCCUGGUCAGCGGCAUAGUCUACAUCCACCUGCGGAAGCGGGAAUGAGUUGCCCAGUCUUGCAGUCCCACCCACCCGGACACCCCAUUCCCAUCACCACCACCACCCCAAGCCUCCUCCAGAAAAUAAAAGUGU